AUGGUCAACAUUCUGCAGAUCGUAAUUUCUCUUUUAUAUUCACAACUCCCUGAUCAAUUCGUCCCCUCCCUCGAUCCAAAGUCGGUCGCCGUCAUAGGGGCAGGCAGUGCAGGUUUGGCUAUGCUAAAGGCUCUCUUUGACCUUCCGGAGACAACGAGGGAUGGAUGGAGAAUAGUUUUAUAUGAGCAACGAGGGGAUGUCGCAGGCGUAUGGCUUCCAGAUCCCCAUUUACAUUCACCACCUGACAUACCAGAGACCCCGCUCUACCCACUUCUACACACGAAUACCCCCGUUCCUUCCAUGUCUUACCCAGGCUUUCCUUUCCCUCCCGGCACUCCACUUUAUCCUAGUCACGAGCACGUCAGGGAGUAUCACCAGCGAUAUGCCAUGGCUCACAAUCUUACGCAAUACAUCAAGUUCAAUCAUGAAGUGCUGGAGACCCGCUGGGUUGGCAACUCUGAAUAUGGACAUUGGAAUAUUUCCGUUCGCAACGGCACGAACGAAAUACACCUGGAGAACUUCGAUCACCUUGUGGUUGCUUCGGGUAAUAACCACGUUCCAAGGAUUCCUGUCUGGCCCGGACAAGACGAGUGGUUGAAAAACGGCCCUGAUCAUGGGCCAAAGCGAGAGAUUUUGCACUCGAUCUAUUACCGUGGGCCUGAGCGAUACUUUAACAAAAGUAUUCUCAUUGUAGGGACCGGUGCUAGUGGGCAGGAUGUUGCUAUUCAAGUAUCAAAGAUUGCCACCAAGACUUACGUUUCUUCAAGACAUGAUAGGCCACCCAUAGAUCAAGUCGAGUUCAAGCCAGAGAUAUCUCAUUUCACGGAGAACGGUAUUAUUUUUCAAGACGGCACAACCUGUAACGUGGACGCUGUUCUCCUUGCGACAGGUUACGAGAUGCGGAAACCCUUUCUCGAUGCAGGGCACGCUCUACUCACCGACCCUUCUGUUACGUCCAACUCAUCGAGCAACCGAAAUCUCACCACCAACUUGCAUUAUAUAUUUCCCUUGCACCAACAUAUUUUCUCACUUUCCCCUGCACACCCCGUCAACGCCCUAGCAUUUAUUGGGUUACCAACUGCCAUUGCGAACUGCCCUUCUGAUCUCGCACAAAGUAUAUUCGCUACGCAUAUUAUAAGGAAUCGCACUAUUUUAUCUUCCCGCGAAGAGCUCCUUGAUGAACUUGCGGCAUAUGAACACGGCAUUCGACAGCGGGGAUAUGAUCCUUACAUUAUUGGACAUCAACUACUCAACGGCACGUCAAGCGAUUAUCAAGACGAACUCAUUGAUUUUCUGAAGAAACAGAAUGCCAUCCCCGACGACGGUAAAAACUAUGUUGAAGGUUGGCGUCGAGAUGUAUUCAACUACGACUAUCUAAAGCGAGGGUGGAGCUGCAUUGAAGAGUCUGGUCAGGUUGAGGAAUGGGUACGAGACGUUGGGACGGAGGAGGAAUGGGCUGAUUUAAUGAAACGGGUCGAUGCAUGGCAAAAAAACUGGGAAAGAGAGAACGGGAUACGGUUUGUAGCUGAUCUGGGAGUUAGAAAUUAA